AUGGGAGCCCCGAGGCCCUUUGCGCCGCCUGCCGGCGAGGACGCGCCGUCCCGGGCAUCCCUUGGCUUGGAGGAGCCGAAUACGGUGCGGCAUCUGCCCUCCCAUGCGUCUCACAUCGGAGAGGAGGCGCCCGAGAAGAUCGCGCCCUGCGACCUGGAGUCCGGGCGUUGGCCACAGAUUUCGACGCUCUUUUUGGUUCGCCAGGCCUGGGGCCAAGGGAUCGAGGACGGCGUCACCAUGAGUGGCCAGUUCGAGUUCACGAUGCAGGCGUCCGAAAAGGACUGCUUCGGGGAGAUGCUUGCUUGGCAGAUGCACGCUGCUGGCAUCGCGCCACAAUCCCUGGACAACAGGUGCCUGAAAUUCACCGAUGCCAAAGGCACAGAAGCAAUGGGUAACAAGCAGGAGAUCGGGAAGCUGCUGGCCAAUCCUGGGUCUUAUCCGGUGCGGGUCUCCUACUUCCCGCAUCCGGCCUUCAAGUUCGUGCGUCCGGAGAGAGUGCCGGACAUCGAAGUCACGCGCACUCAUUUGAAGUUUGUCCAAGAUGCCCUCGCAGAGCUGGAUGGGAACAUAGACAACGUCAAGCACACUCACCAAAGGAGGACGUUCGAGCGAUACCUCCUCUACCUGGAGGACCACUACUAUCAGACCGGCGACGACCUACAGGAUGCCUUGGAGUGGGAACCGCUGGUGCAGAAGUACGGCCCGCACAUGGAAGGCUACUUCCUGCUCACCAAGAAGACGGGCCCAGGACUGUCGAAGAUACUGCGAGGGGAGAUCGAUGUGCUGGAAUACCUCUUUGGUGGAUAG